UUCUGGGAUGGGAUGGGAUGCUGCCCGGCACGACUUGUCAGUUUGACUGAGGACUUGAACUCUACGGCUGCGGCGAUCAAACUGAACUCUAUGAUAUGCGGGAAGGAACGGCGCACGGUGCUGGAAAUUGGAUAACGUGCGACACCGAAACCAUCGACAUCGACGACGACGACAGUGACUGUGAGGGAGAUUGCUCUGGUUGAUGAUUCCAAUCGUGACUGUCGUCGCGGAUAGACGUGUUUCUGGGCUCGGAUUGCAGUUUUUCGAAUUUGUAUCGGAACAGUGUGUUUGGCAGGUGGAAAAUCCUGUACACAAAUGUUGCAAAACAAUUCGGCGCGAGUGUUAGCUGUACGUUAAAUGGUAAAUGCUGAAGAAGGUUAAGGGAUUCUUUGUGAUUGCUGUAAUAGGUCUCUAGGAGGCUAGACUACGUAAAACAAAGCUCCAUCAUAAGAAUAAAAAAAAACGUAUUCACUUAAGUUAACAAGUUAAGUGAAAAAGUGUUCAGUGAAACAAAUCAGAAUCAUACAGAAAAAAAUCUGGUUGUUGGUUUAACAACGAGGAGUUAACAAUAUUAGUGACCAUUAUUUUGUUCGCAAAAAUAAUAAAACAAGUGCAUCUGAGAAACAUAAAAUAAAUUGAACGUGUAACAACAGCGUAAAUUAUUAAAAAAAGAGUUUCCAAAGGUAGCGGUUUUUCAGGAUUAUUGUUAGCAGGCAUCAGCCUGCAGAACUUUAACAAAAUUUUCACGGACGGAAAUAAGCUGGGUUCCGCUACAGCGGGUCGUGGAAUGUUUUGCUAUCACUGUCCUCCUUCGUUGCAUCCGGCAGGGCCACAUCCUCCACGGUUACCCACGCUCGAGUACCCGUUCGCACCAACGCAUCCUUACACAAGUUAUUCUUAUCAUCCCGCAAUUCACGAUGAAAGCUUCGUGCGACGGAAACAGAGGCGCAACAGAACUACUUUUACGUUACAACAGCUGGAAGAGCUUGAGACUGCAUUUGCACAAACCCACUACCCAGAUGUUUUCACCAGGGAAGAUUUAGCAAUGAAAAUCAACCUCACCGAAGCAAGAGUACAGGUCUGGUUCCAGAACCGACGAGCCAAAUGGCGCAAAGCCGAACGACUGAAGGAGGAACAGCGGAAGCGAGGCGAUGGAUCCGAUCCGCAGUUAUUGAAUGAUAAGUUGGAAACCGAUAGUCGCGAUUCGGCGAGCCCGGACAUAACAGGCGAUGCAGACGACGACGAUAUGCGUAGCCCCAGUGCACCUCCAAUGAGCCCCAGGGUUGAUUCGGAACAGGACAGGCCCCAUUCCAGCUCGCAGAUGCACUCGAUUACGCAAUCCGGGUCAAAUAGUGCUGGGACUCCUUCUCCAGGGUUGAAAUUCGCACAGCAACCUGAUCUUAGUCCCACACCAUCGGUAUCAGCUGACUCGCCAAUCGAAGUUGGAGGACCCAUUUCGCUAACAACUUCAACGCGAGCUUCAACGGAGGAUUCUAGUCCGCUCCCAACGAGCAACGCCAAUGGUCUAAGUCCCGUAACUGCCAGCAAUAGUACUACGCCUAGUUUCAGCAGUCAUCUCUUCAGCAGCUUCAGCGAGAGUAACGGAGGAUUCCGACCUGUACUAGACAAUGGCCAACCAAGAACAACUCCACCACUAUUUCUUCCUCCCCAUUUGGCAUCUCUGGGUUCGCAAUUUGCACCUCCAUUAUUUCCAAAUUUAAAAGCGGCCUUCCCCAGUUUGUGCUCCUGCUGUCCGGCAAAGUCUCCCAUGACUACCGGUUCGUCAACGGCCACGUCUUCACCAACGUGCACUUCCCUAGCGCACUCAAUCGUCAACGCCGGAACGACACCGACCAGCAGCGCAUCUCUCGGUUCUUCCGAUCCCCGCUCGUCCUCUGUAGCCGAAUUGCGCCGAAAAGCUCAGGAGCACUCGGCAGCCCUCCUGCACUCGCUACAGGCUGCGGCUGCCGCUGGACUUGCCUUUCCCGGAUUUCACCUGCCACCCCUUUCGCUGCACACGGCCCUCAGUAGUGGCCGCAAGCCGAGUGAUUUCAUCAGUGAUCUCUCGAUGCAUCACCACCUGAGCAGUCACGGCCUCUCUGCUCUGGGUGCUCCAAAUCUGAACAACAACAAUCCCACCAGUAUGAACAACAAUAGUUUGUCGAGCCUCGGAGACUCUCCUUCCCCUACGAGGCAUAAUGGCGACAAAUCCUCCAGUGAUUAAUAGAAGUCCCGAAAAGGUUUGGACUCGGAAGAGAAUUGUGAUGUUGAUCUUGGUACGAAUAGUCUUGUACAUACUUAAUGAAAGCUAGGCGAGAUAAAGAUUUUUAUCGCUCUUAUAUUACCAUGAUUCGUACUAAAAUGUUGAUUGCUUAGUGAGAGUAGACUAUUAACAUUCCACGGCAACUUGCAAUAAAUUAGCAUUAUGACAAAAGAUAGUAUUCAAAAUUACUUAAUUUAGUUGAUUAUUGUAAAUCACUAGUGAAAUCAUAAGGAUUUAAAAUUCCCGGUUGAAGAAAAUAGAUUUGUAUUGAAGCACUCAUUCCAUAUAAUUGCUAAAAAAAUAAAUUGAUAAAUCGUUUGAAAAUAAAUUCAACCAAUUCCCUGGUUGACUGCAAUGUACAUAUGUAAAACAAUCGAUACGUAAAGCACAAAGCAAAUCGAAUCAAAAUAGUGUUCAAUAUUUCUUAUUUAAUUGAAAGCUGAAUGAAAUUAUGACACAGAAACAUUAUCGUUAAAAUGAUUUAACAAAACGGAACACUUACAGAUAAUCUAUCAAAAUUUUGCUUAAUUAAACACCAUUCCAACAUAGAUGUAAUGAACAGUACAUGCCAAAUUGUAAAACCGAAAACAAUAGUAAUAAAUCUAUCUCGAUGAAGUUGAA